AUGUGGAAAUUGCUGGUUUGCUUCGCUCUCAUUCAAUCGACCUUUCGCAUCGAUCUCGUUGUGGGGCGCAGUGUCCAGUUUCUCACCGGCAACUGCACUUUCAAUCCGAAGUACUUCAAAAACUUCUCAUUGACCAUAGUGGACAACAUGAUGAACAUGGACAUGUAUCUGAAUAGGCCAAUCCAGAGGGGUUUUAAGACCAAAUUCGACAUUCAGCUGCGCCUGGCCAACGCCAAGAACUUUCAGUCCAUCUUCAGCCAGAAGAGCGACGUGUGUGCUAUAACCUCGAGUGUGAAGAAUAGCCUCUUCAAGAGCUGGUUUAAGGACAUGAGCAAGAACAGCAACUUCAUGUACAACUGCCCAGUGGAGGUGGGCCACUACUACAUGCACAACUGGCGCAUGGGGAGUUCAAUGACCCACAAGUUCCUCAUUCCCGGGGAGUACCGCGGAAAACUCCUAUUCUUCUACGGCAAGCUUGGAUCCAAGUCAUUCGACGAAGCCUUGAGCCUGACUAUCGAUUCGGUCCUUUCCCAAUAA